UUAUUGCAGAAGAACUCAAAUGGAAAGCACUAUCUUAGAAUGGAAAAAUGGAACUAGAAAAAGGGGUCCACUAGUGAACAAAAGUAGGAAGGAAUAAUAUCUAUUUCUCAGGUCACCGCACAUUAAGAUUAAGUUGGGUUUUCUAUUGGCUCUAUCCAAGAUUCCAUGGGAUUAAUAGCCUCCCCUCCAGCUCUCAGAUAUAAAUACCAGUUUCAGCAUGCUUUCCACUGAAGAGAAGUGUGUAUAAGAGAAACAAGACAAGCACAACAAGCAUUCUGAAAUUCUCUAUUUGUUAGUAUCAGGACUAGUAACAAAUUAACCUUGAAAAUAAAGCUUCACCUAGUUUCAUCUUCCGUAGGUAGAAAAGUGAUCAAGAGAAUACACGUCAUCAGGUGGAAAUGUACCAUCAUCACCAACACCAAGGAAAAAACAUUCAUUCUUCUUCCAGAAUGCCAAUCCCCUCUGAGAGGCACAUGUUCCUUCAAGCAGGAAAUGGUUCUGGUGAUUCUGGACUUGUGCUUUCAACUGAUGCUAAGCCUAGAUUGAAAUGGACACCAGAUCUUCAUGCAAGGUUUAUAGAAGCAGUCAACCAGUUAGGGGGAGCUGACAAGGCAACUCCAAAAACAGUAAUGAAACUAAUGGGAAUUCCUGGGCUUACCUUGUAUCAUCUAAAGAGCCAUCUUCAGAAGUAUAGAUUGAGCAAGAAUCUGCAUGGACAAAGCAACAACGUGACACACAAAAUCACAACAAGUGCAACAACUGGGGAGAGACUUUCUGAAACCAAUGGUACUCACAUGAACAAAUUAAGCCUUGGACCACAGGCUAACAAAGAUUUGCAUAUAAGUGAGGCACUGCAGAUGCAGAUUGAGGUGCAGAGAAGGCUCAAUGAACAACUUGAGGUACAAAGACACUUGCAGCUUAGGAUAGAGGCCCAAGGAAAAUACCUUCAGUCUGUGUUGGAGAAAGCUCAGGAAACUCUUGGCAGACAAAAUUUGGGAAUAGUAGGACUUGAAGCUGCAAAAGUUCAACUUUCAGAGCUGGUAUCCAAAGUCUCAUCACAGUGCUUCAACUCAGCAUUCACAGAGCUGAAGGAUUUGCAAGGAUUUUGCCCUCAGCAACCACAAACCAACCCGCCAAACGACUGCUCAAUGGACAGUUGCAUCACCUCCUGUGACAGAUCACAAAAGGAGCAAGAGAUUCAAAAUGGCUUAAGACACUUCAGCAGCCAUAUGUUCAUGGAGCAAAAGGAAGCCAAAGAAGCUCCCAACAACCUUAGGAACCCUGAAAUCAAGUGGUAUGAUGAUGGGAAAAAGAACACCUUCCUUGCCCCAUUGAGCAAGAAUGAAGAGAGAAGAAACUAUGCUGCUGAAUGCAGUCCUAGCAACUUAUCCAUGUCCAUUGGACUUGAAAGAGAAACAGAAAAUGGAAGCAGCAUGUAUCCCGAGAGACUAAUCACAGAAAGCCCAUCAGAUGGUAGAAUCAAGCCACAAACAAUGAAACCAGUGGAUGAAAAAGUUUCUCAAGAUUAUAGGUUGCCAACUUCUUACUUUGCAGCAGCAAGAUUGGACCUAAACACUCAUGGAGACAAUGAAGUUUUGUAAACAAUUGGACUUGAAUAGAUUCAGUUGGAGCUGAGAAAACACAUUAAAGAAAACAGUUAUGCUUCUUCAAAAUUUGAUUCAGCAUAAGAGGAGGAUAAUAGGAACAGUGUGUUGUUAGUUACUAGUUACUGCAAUACAAUUUCAGCUGCUCUUUCUUUCAACCCAACAAAUGACCAGAUAUAGGUCAUUUUUAGCCAAAUGAAAUAAGCUGCAACAACAAGAUCAGUGAUAAAUAUUUGUAAGCAAUCAUUACAAAGGAGAUAGUCCAGCAACAUAAGGUUUUAUUCUAGUUUAUUCAAAAUUCAUGACAUCAUGUAACAUGCAUUAAUUAUUCUUGAGACCAACUUCUAUUCGAAUUAGAAAUUGAAAUGACACUAAUAUAUAAAAUGGCGUUAGUUUUA